AAUCGUUUGACAUAACGUCAAAGAAGAAGAAAAAUUCCACGUAUUUGUGUUUUUUAAACCGAAAGUGUCCAGGAAAUUAGUUGGAAAAAUGGUAUCAGUGCUCAAUUCCGUGGACACGGGUCACGAGGACCUCAUCCAUAGUGCCGAGGUGGACUACUACGGGCUGCGUCUGGCCACUUGCUCAUCCGACAGCACGAUAAAAGUGUUUGACAUCAAGGGUGGAAAUCACCGGCAGAUUGCUGAGCUCCGUAGCCACUGUGGCCCCGUGUGGCAGGUUGCAUGGGCUCAUCCGCGCUUUGGGAACAUCCUGGCGUCAUGCUCGUACGACAGGAAGGUGAUUGUGUGGAAGGAGACCGAGGAUUGGGGCAAGUGCUACGAGUAUGGGAAUCAUGAUUCUUCCGUGAAUUCCGUGGCGUGGGCCCCACCCGAGCAUGGAUUGAUUCUCGCCUGUGGCUCCUCUGACGGCACCAUCUCCAUCCUCACGUGCAACACUGCCAUGGAUACGUGGGAGUCAAAGCGUAUUCCCAAUGCCCACACGAUUGGUUGCAAUUCCGUCAGCUGGUGUCCGGCAUCCCUUCCGGACGCCUCCUUUGAUCAGAGUUCAUCCAAAUCGGGUCCAGUUGUGAAGCGCCUGGUUUCCGGAGGUUGCGACAAUUUUGUAAAGAUCUGGCGCGAAGAUGGUGAUCGAUGGAUUGAGGAGAGUCGCCUGGAGUUGCACACCGAUUGGGUACGUGAUGUAGCAUGGGCUCCCAGCAUUGGGCUGCCGCAUACGCAGAUCGCCUCAUGCAGUCAGGAUAAACGCGUAAUUGUGUGGAGUAGCGAUAACCAUGUCAACUGGACACCAACUGUUCUCAAUGUCUUCGAUGAUGUCGUGUGGAAUGUCAGUUGGUCAACCACUGGGAACAUCCUGGCCGUGUCCGGGGGUGACAACAACAUCACCCUGUGGAAGGAGAAUAACGAUCGCCAAUGGAUUUGCAUCAGCAACGACUCCAAUCCACCGCUUGCAAGCAAUGGGGGUGAGAAGAAUCUUUAAAUAAAAAAAAAAUCGUAUUGAAUUCAAGGAGCAGAGAGAUUGCAGGAGGUUCAGGUUUAUUUGAAAUUUUUCCUAAUAAAAAUUUGUUAAGCUGUAAA